CUCUCUUCCCCGCACGCGCUCAAAAGAAAGAAAACAAUAUCAUGUCCACUGCACCACCCAAAGAUACACCCAUUACUGUUGCAGAGCUUGCCAAACAUGACGGCUCCGACCCUUCUUUACCUAUCUAUGUUGCCAUCAAAGGGGAUAUUUUUGAUGUGACUAAGAAUCCUGAUAGUUAUGGAAAAGGAAAGGGAUAUAACUGCUUUGCUGGAAAGGAUGCUUCUAGAGCUCUUGGUAUGUCCUCAUUGAAACCUGAAGAUUGUGUAGCAGACUAUAGUACUUUGACUGAAAAGGAAUUGGAAACUCUUGAUCAAUGGCAUGCAUUCUUCUCCAAGAGAUACAAUAUUAUUGGAAAAGUAGUAGUUUGAAAACAUAUAUUGAAUACUUUAUCUAGUACCAUUUGGGUCUCUACACGUUAUAUCCUUUGAAAAUAAAAACACACGUAUUUCAUCCCCCUUUUUCAAAUCUA